AAAUACAUAUUCUAUCGACCCCAGUUGGAGAACGCCCAGCCUUGCUCCGUAUCUCUCCGUAUCAGCAUCAAACUCUCAGAUGCGCGAGGCUUUUCAUCUGGAAAUCUAGUCAACGGGAAUGAGAAACAUCUACUAUCCUUCCUACCCAUGAAUGGUCUGAAGAAGCUGGCAUAUUAGCAAUCAGUUCAGAGCUGAAUAACGCUCUCUCUGUCUUGUCAACCUGCUCCAUCUUAUCAAAUGCUCCGAUAAAUGCCGCAGGAUGACUCCAACUCUUCUCCAACUCUGCAUCCCACAGGAUAUACCCUCCCACUCACCACUAAUCACCCGAUAAGCCAGUGUUGCCACAUAAGAUUACUCACGAAGCGCGAAAGUAUCAUGGUAUCUUUUGCAGUCGAGUGGUAAUUCUUUUCCACGACCUCACCACAAGACAUCAAGCACAAUGUCAACAGUAGCGCUCCCCUCCAACUACCAGUCGGACCUCACCCCCGAAUAUCUCCACCAACUCGCUGCCCGCUGGGGCAUUAGCAUACAACCAGGCGACGAGGAAGAAAGCUACCUCCUCCUCCUCCAGUCUGCAGAAGCCGUCCACCGACAGAUCGCCAACUCCCCAGACUACCUCCACCCAGGUCUAUCCCCGACCCCCUCAAUCUCACCCCGCACCUUCUGGAAGCCCUCACCAAAAGCCAACCCACUGAACGCCUGGAGCCACCGGUGCGACAUCCGUGCCGCUCGCCCAGCCUCGACCCUCCUCCACGGCCGCAAAGUCGCCAUAAAAGACCACAUCAGCGUCGCGGGGCUCCCAACAACAGCCGGCCUGUCCGCCUCCUUCUUCACCCAUCACAGCAAUGAAUACCCUCUCUCCCCCAUCGACGCCCCCGUCGUCCGCCGCGUCCUCGAAGCAAGCGGCUCCAUCGCCGGCACAGCAACAUGCGAGAUGUACUCCGCCUCCCCGCUCUCCUUCUCCGCCGCCACCGGACCCGUCCACAACCCCUGGGCCCACGGCUUCUCCGCCGGCGGCAGCAGCAGCGGCUGCGGCAGCCUAAUGGGCAUGAACGCCGUCCCUGUCCCCCCAUCACCCCCCUCCUACGGCGACCGCGCCGACCUCGCCAUCGGCGGCGACCAAGGUGGCUCGGUCCGCAUCCCAGCCUCCUACAACGGCGUCUACGGGCUCAAGCCCACCCACGGCCUAAUCCCCUACACAGGCGCGCUGUCGCUAUCUCCCAUGAUCGACCACCUCGGCCCAAUGGCCUCCUCGCUAGCUGACAUCGCAGUCCUCCUCCAAGUCCUCGCCGGCUACGACGGUGUCGACGCGCGCAUGACACCCGAAACGCCCCUCCGCCACAACGUCAAGGACUACCCAGCCUUACUCGCGCAGCCGUCGCAGUCGCAGCUGCCCCUCCGCGUAGCCCUCAUCCGCGAAUCCUUCGAAGUCGCCGGCCUCAGCUCGCAAGUGCGUGACACAGUCCGCAACGCCGCGUACACGCUCUUCCCGUCCCACGGCGAAGCCGUCGUCUCAGAGAUCAGCAUCCCCAUGCACGCCGAAGGCCCCGCAAUCUGGACAGCAGCGACACGCACCUCGAUGGGCGAGUACGCAUGCGCGCAGAGCACACCGGGAUACCUGAGCUACGGGGUGCCGCAGCUGGGGACACUGCGCUGGCCGCUCGACAGCGACAUGUACGCGACCGCGACAGCGCAGAACCCCAGCGUGGCGAACUUGGCGUUCUGCGGGGCUUAUCUGAGCGAGACGUUCCCUGGGGUGAUGGGCAAGGCGCAUCGGAAGGUGUUUGAGCUGCGGGCGGCGUAUGAUAGGGCGCUGGAGGAGUACGAUGUGUUGGUUACGCCGACGGCGCCGACGGUUGCGAUGCGCAAUUUGGAGCCUGGGGGGAGUGGUAGGGUGAUGGAGAGGGUGAGGGCUGCUGUGGGGGUUGUUGCUAAUACGUGUCCGUUUAAUGUGUCGGGGCAUCCGGCGUUGAGUGUGCCGUGUGGGUUUGGGGUCGGGGAUGCGGGUGCGAGGUUGCCUGUUGGGAUGCAGAUUGUGGGGAGGAGGUGGGAGGAUGAGGCUGUUUUGAGGGCUGCUGCCGUCUUUGAGAGGGGGAGGGUGGUUGGGAGUCGGUUGUAG